CCAGCUACCGUUUACCUAGAGACUAGCUCUCCCCGUCACACUGCUGAACCAGGCCAUCUACACCCGAGGAACCAUGAGACUACAGCUGCCCAACCCAGGCCUGGAAGACAGGAUCCUGUCCCAUGAGGAGCUGGACAAGCUGGAGACGGAAGAGGCUGGGAGGGGAGACAGGCCCAAAUGGGACAACAAGACCCAAUACAUGCUCACCUGCGUGGGGUUCUGUGUGGGGCUGGGGAACGUAUGGAGAUUCCCUUACCUGUGCCAGAGUCAUGGGGGAGGUGCAUUCAUGAUUCCUUUCCUGAUUCUACUGGUUCUAGAAGGUGUUCCCCUGCUCCAUCUGGAGUUUGCUAUUGGUCAACGUCUAAGGAAAGGCAGUGUAGGUGUCUGGUCUUCCAUCCAUCCAUACUUAGCUGGAGUUGGCAUAGCGUCCAUGUUUGUUUCUUUGAUGAUCAGCCUGUACUACAACACCAUCAUGGCCUGGGUGAUGUGGUACUUAUUUAACUCCUUCCAAGAGACGCUGCCUUGGAGCCAAUGUCCCCUCAAUUACAAUCUAACAGGCCUGGUGUCAGAGUGUGAGCAGAGCUCCCCAGUGGACUUCUUCUGGUACAGAGAGACCCUGAACACCACCACAGACAUUGGUGAGAACGGGGGUCUGCAGUGGUGGAUGGUGCUGUGUCUGGUCAGUGCCUGGGCCGUGCUCUAUAUUUGCAUCAUCCGAGGCAUCGAGACCACUGGGAAGGCUGUGUAUGUCACCUCAACGCUACCCUACGUAGUGUUGAGCAUUUUCCUGAUCAGAGGUCUGACUUUGAAAGGCUCUUUGAGUGGAGUUGUGUUUCUCUUCACCCCGAACUUGACAGAGCUGACCAACCCAUCUACCUGGCUGGAUGCAGGGGCCCAGGUGUUAUAUUCCUUCUCCAUAGCAUUUGGUGGACUCAUCUCUUUUUCCAGCUACAACUCUGUGCAUAACAACUGUGAACAGGAUGCAGUGAUCAUCUCUGCCGUCAAUGGCUUCACCUCCAUCUACGCUGCAACAGUCAUCUACACCAUCAUUGGCUUCAGAGCCACAGAGAGAUUUGACAACUGUCUUGGCGGAAAUAUCCUGGUGCUGCUGAAUACAUUUGAUCUCCCAGAGGGAAACGUCACUGAGAACAACUAUGAUCAGGUUCUCCAGAGUCUCAAUGGAACAUAUCCAGAAGUCAUUCAGGGACUCAACUUGAAGACCUGUGACUUGAACACUUUCCUCAGCGAGGGGGUUGAAGGAACUGGUCUGGCCUUUAUCGUGUUCACAGAGGCCAUCACUAAGAUGCCUGCAUCUCCUGUUUGGUCAGUCUUGUUCUUCAUCAUGCUCUUCUGUCUCGGCCUGUCCUCCAUGUUUGGCAAUAUCGAAGGAGUUCUGGUACCACUUCAGGACCUGGGGGUUUUCCCCAAGAGUUGGCCCAAGGAGACCACCACAGGGACAACAUGUGUUCUCUGCUGCCUUGUUGGAUUAAUAUUUGUCCAAGGCUCAGGGAACUACUGGCUGUCCCUCUUUGACAGCUAUGGCGGGUCCAUUCCUCUGUUGAUCAUUGCAUUCUGUGAGAUGGUCGGGGUUGUGUACAUCUAUGGUAUUGAUAGGUUCAACGAUGAUAUUGAGUUCAUGAUCGGCCACAAGCCCAACCUCUUCUGGCAGAUCACAUGGAGAUUUGUCAGCCCCGCCAUCAUGCUUGUCAUCUUUGUGUUCUACUUUAUCACUAAAGUCACCGAAACGCUCCUAUAUAAAACCUGGAAUCCUGAAUCGGAAAACUUCCCUACAUUGGAGGAGAAGCUCUAUCCAGCCUGGAUCUAUGUAAUAAUCUUUAUCCUGGCAGGGAUACCCAGUCUAGCUGUACCUGGCACUGCUCUCUUCAAAUGUUUACGGAGGAAGAGAAAUAGAAAGUCUGAACAGCAAGAGCUCAAAACAGUCUGUAACCAAAUGGACGUGAACAACAAGGCUCAGGAUGGUAAAUCCCAUACCUGAUGACCCGUAAUGACUCACCACCAAUAAAAACUCAAAGAAAAACAAACCCUUUAACGUAUAUUCAUUUUCAGAAACGUAUGUAC